UUUUUUUUACAGAUAGUUAUUAAUGUUGCCUCUCUUCAAUUCAAAUAUUAAAUGGAACAGUUAAUUAGCAAAGACGAAGACUGGGAGCAACAAGCAGAUUCUGGCGUAUUGGACAAACGAAUCGAGGAACUCGCAAAAACAGAUCAAUUGCAUAAUACGAUUGUGGUCUCUAAUCCAAUUGAGGCUCCAGAAGAAGUUGAAGCGGUACAGCCAGUCAUGCAGUUCAAGAUACUGAAGAAGAAACCAUCCGAAUCAUCAGCUUCACCAAAAUCCCAAUCAAAUAAAAGUGCUCAAGCUGGAGAUGGGGGCAAGGGCGCCGCAGCCGACACGAGAACUUUCGAGCAGCGAGAGGAGGAUUAUCUGAAGGCGCGUCAGAGGAUCUUCGGAGACGUCGAAGAAACCAAAGAUGACAAUAGCUCCUUAGCUGCUGACGGCAGGGAAUCUCCCAACUCUCCAAAUGAAGAAAUGAACAUGUCACAACAACAAUACCCCAAACAGAAAGUUGCUCAAAACAGUGUUAACCCUAGUGCGUCAAAUCAACUGCCCCAGACUCAAAAUCAAGCAGUGCAAAAGCAACCCCCCACACCACAACCGUCUUUACAUGUGCCACAGACAAACAGUAGUCUCGCCAACAAUAAUGGAAGAGUAUCCCAAUUAGGCCACAAACAGAGUCAAACUCAAUCCCAGAACCACAGUCACUACCAACAGACACGGAAUAAUCUGAACCCUCAAACUGUAGCUGCCUCCCAAUAUCAGCAACCGAAUCAAUAUUUCCAUUCUAGUAAUCGUAGUGUGAAUCCGAGAGGAAACUCUAAUAAUCAGAUGUACAGUGGCAUACCCUACCAUCAGCAACAACAAUAUCAACAACACCCGAGAGCAAAUGGCAACAGCAACAACCAGGGCUACCAGCAGAAACAACAACACUACUCUCAGUCUGGUUUUCCCCAUCAAACGGGGGGACCCCAGCAAGGCCAACUUCCUCAUGGCUUCUAUGCCAACUCGAGCCACAGCCACGCUAGUUACUUCCACGGUCCAUCACCCCAACCUCACAUGCAAUACCAACAACACCACCCGAUGCCCCCCUACAUGCACGCAGCGCAACCCCACCAGCAACAGCAGCAGCACUACAUUAACAACAGCUAUAGCAACAGCAACUACCUCAAACCCAGGAAGAGGUAAAGUGGCGGCCCUAGAUGAUAUAGAGGUACUUUUUGGGUGAAGAAGCUAGGCUGAAAAUGAAUUUAAUGAACUCAACAGAAACUGAAUUUGUUCUUUUAAGACUUUUGAACGUUGGGCAUCAAAUUUUUUCAAUUUUUUAAGCUACUAAUCAAUCUUUCUUGCGUUUGAUCAAGUUGAAGCUUAGGUGGUGUUAAUCUCAAUCUUUGAUGUAGGGAAAUUGUUUGAUGUCCAUCAGUUUGUGUGAUCUACAGCCUAAUAUACAUGCAUUUUUGCAGUCGUUUGAUUUGAGUUGAAUGUGGUAUAGUGAAUAGUUUUUUCUUAUACCAUAGCAUAACAUGCCAUAUCAAUCUCUUCUCUUUUGCGAGGUUGCACAUGUACAACACCUACAGACUUCUUAGCUAUCUCUUUCAACAUCUCGUGAUUUUUAUUUGCCACAAUGUCAUUCUUAGUUUUGUAUUGUAUGGCCAGCAUGCAUUGAGACAAACUUUUCUUAAUUUAAUUUUCAAAUUA